AUGAAAGGAAUAUAGCUCUAGAACCAACUCAAAAGAGACAAGAAAAUGAACAUAAAAAAUUUUUAUAUUGUAGGCAUGAUUGGUUAGGGUAUUUUUUCCAUUAAAUUAACAUAGGAGCAUAUUCUGAGGUUUUUGAGGCUAUUUAUUUAAAGAACAAUAAAAAAGUAGCAAUCAAGAAAGUAUUUAAAGAAUAAAUCACACAAUCAAAUAAACAAGCAGAAAUUUAUAUAGAAAGACAUAUGAUGAAAUAAUAUUCAUAAAAGCAUCCAAGUUAUUAAUUUUCUAUGUUUUAGGUAUGGUUGAAUUUAUUGGGAGUUUUUAGGAUAAAUAGUUUUUAUAUUUCGUUUGUGAACAUUGUCCAUUUGGGGAUUUAGGAAAUAUUGUAUACGAUAUUUAUUAAGAGUUCAAAAAAGGUAUAUCUUUAGAUGUUGAAAAUCUUAUUAAAAUUUAUAUUUAUUAAAUAGCAAAUGCAAUAAUCUAUUUACAUAAGGAAGGGAUUGCACAUUUAGAUAUCAAGCCAAAAAAUAUAGUUAUUGAUAAAAGUUUUAAUUUGAGAUUAACAGAUUUUGCAACUUGUUAUUUUUUUGAAGAACAUAGACAACCUCCUGAAUUGAUUGAACAAAUAAAUAAAUUUUAGCAUAAUUAUAUAAGAUCAAUAAAGAAGAUGGAAAGUGAAAUUGGUGAGUGUAGAUCUACAUUUGUUGGAACUCCAGAAUACAUAUCACCAGAAAUGCUUAUUCACAGUAGAGCAUCAAAAGAAGCGGAUUUAUGGGCUUUAGGGUGUAUAAUUUAUGAAGUAAAAUAUUACUAAAAUAAUAUAUAUAUAGUUUUAUCAUGGAAAAUAACCAUUUUCCAAUUAAAAUGAGAAUGUUUUUAGUAACAUUUUAAAUCUAAACUAUGAACUCGACAGUAAAUUACCAGAAGAUGUAUCUGAUCUUAUUACUUCCUUAUUAACUUUAAAUCCUUAAGAUCGUUUAGGAUAUGAGAAUUCAGAAUAAAUCUUAAUUCAUAAAUAUUUUGAUACUAUUAGACAUUUUGUACCAUGGUAGGAUGAGAUUGAAAUACCAAAUUAAUGUAAAAUACUAUACUAAGAAAUAAUUCCAAAUCAAAGCAAGUCAAGUUUAAUUUAUUAAACUACAUCAACCAAUGUAGAAAUGAAAUAAUAAUUGAUUCGCAGAAGAUAAGAUAGAUUAAAAACUAUUAUUGAGGAAUUAGAUGAAUCAGCAACUCCUUUACCAAAUAAUAUCAAAAGAACUCAAUAGAUUUUUCAAAAGCAAGAUGCUCAAAUUACAUUUAAAUAAUCAAUUACUUAUUCAUCUAAUAGAUUAGAUCCUGAAAUUCAAUCUAAUAUGAGUUUAAAGUAAUUUAAUAAAUCUGUUGGAUUUAUAUAAUUAAAUUCAAAUAGAUGGUUUUGUAUUCCUUAAAUAGCUAUAUUGUUUGGAUAUCUUAAACCUCCUUGUCUAUUAAUAGACUUUAUUAAAGGAGAAAAGAAAUAUCUACCAAUCGAUGAUACGAUAAAAAUAUCAUUUGACGGCAUUUAUUAUGUAUUGAAGUACUCUAAUUAAUUAGAUUCUGGAAUCAUCAUAAUUUUUUUAUAAAUUCAAAGAUGCAGAAGCCAGUCCAAUAAAUUGGAUUAAAGUGGUUGAAAAAAUAAAAAAUGAAUAUCUGGGUAAAUGA